AUGGCUCCAUCCCCUUCUGUACAGACCCCUACUGUUCGUGGCCGCGGUAGAGGCCGUCCUAGACUCCGUGCCCGCGGUAGCUCAAUAAUAUCCUCUCGAACGCGCCCACCUUCAGCAAAUAGUGAGAGUAGAACUCCGACUGGGAGGAGAAGGCCGACAUAUCAGAAUGGGUAUAGGCCCGGAGGCGCAGGGGGUGGUGGAAGGUACAUGAACCCCACUACUGGUGAGGUUGUGACGGCCAACGAGUGGAAUGCCGCUAGAGGAGGCUCUAUUGCACGAACACGAAGAAUGCCUGCGCGAACACUAGCAAUACCGGCAGCCCCGGCUUCUAUCACCGGGGCGGACAUCAAGCCACGGGAAGAACGAAGCUACACCGAGUUCCAUAUCGAUUUAGAUAUCAAUCGUCCGCUUAAGGUCUACUCAGCCGAGGUAAUCGAUGGCGAGAGGCCUGCAAAGGUUGUAGAUACCCAAGAGAAGCCGGAGCUUCCUCAAGACGAUCAAGGAAACGGAUCUAUCUAUAGCGCGGGGGUCCCAAUUCUAUCCGGGCCAUGGCCACCUACUGUUGAUAACGGAGUCUUUAGUACUGGAGGCGAUAUCAAUAUGGAAGACGCCAGCGUCUCAGGCCCUUUUGAGAAACACUUACAACCUCUACCCAUGAUAGCUAUUGAUCCGGCGCUUGCCGCUCUAACCCCCCCUCCCCCUCCCUCUAAUACAAGCACUGAUGCUCCGUCUAUCCCAACUGAUCCGGCACUUGUGGAGGCCGCACCCGGUGCCCCGCAAACACCAGCAGUGACGCCUACUGAGGAGCUUGCUUCGGCUUCGAGCCAAAAAUUGAGUUCACGGUUUACACCAUCUUUUUCCGGGCCCUCCAGGGGUGGUAAAGAUGGACAAACACUUGCCUCCCUCCGUGCCCACCGAUCAACUACCGGGAGGCCUUCACGGAAGUCUUAUGCCCCGCCGUCCGCUGGGCGGGGCUCUAGAAUGAAGACCAACACCCAAGACCCUCCUGACCUAGCGAAGACGGAGCUCAAAAAGCCUGAAUAUCGGAAAAUUACACCAUUUCAGUUUUCCGAGGCAGCCUGGUUGACGCCUGUUGGGAGCACGGGGCCCCAAGGGUUGAACAAUCCUCCAAAUCGCUCUGGAUCAAACGUUGAUAGUGCAAUGAUUGCUAUUGGGUAUCAGGAAACCUCACGUUUCGAACGUCCACGUACCCUUGUUCGUGACCGCCCGGACACCCUGAUUGACGACCAGCUGCAGUCAAUUGAGGUAGUCGAGAAAGUAGAGUAUGACAUGGAUGAGCAAGAUAACAAAUGGCUCACUACAUAUAACAGUCACAGGAGGAUGAGGGAUAUUCAGCCUAUCACUAGGGAGAUGUUUGAGGUCGCUAUGACUAAGAUAGAGAAGGAGUGGGUGACUUUGGAAAGAAGGAUACCCAAGACCGUUGCAAAGCCCCAUGGCUCUACCUACGGAAACCGGCGGAGAAGCUCGGGAAAUGAUGGCGACGAAGACGGGGGUGAAGAUAGUAAAUGUGUUAUUUGCGAUGAUGGCGAGUGUGAAAAUUCUAACGCCAUCGUCUUCUGUGACGGGUGUAAUUUAGCAGUUCACCAAGAGUGCUACGGGGUGCCACAUAUCCCGGAAGGUCAGUGGCUUUGCCGCAAAUGCUUGGCUAUACCUAAUAAGACAGCGAACUGCAUAUUCUGCCCAAACACGGACGGGGCCUUCAAGCAGACAACUAACACUAAAUGGGCACAUUUACUGUGCGCGAUAUGGAUUCCUGAGGUCAUUCUUGGUAACACAUCGUAUAUGGAGCCAGUUGAUGGAAUGGACUCGGUGCCAAAAUCAAGAUGGAAGCUGAGCUGUUACAUCUGUAAACAAAAAAUGGGAGCUUGUAUCCAAUGCAGCAAUAAGAAUUGCUUUAUUGCAUUUCAUGUCACUUGUGGCCGUAGGGCGAGGCUUUCCAUGAAGAUGAAGAAUAGCUUGGGGACGGGAGCACUCAUGGAAACUUCGGCUCUCAAGGCAUAUUGUGAUAAGCAUGUGCCUGAGCAAUGGAGGAGAGACAACGACGUGGAUACUGCUGUGUCCGACGCGAUGGACUUUUAUGCGAAUACGAUGACUGGCACGCAGUGGGGCGAUAGCCAGUCUGCUGCGAUGGCUGGGCCUGAUCACGGCCUACGCAACGGCAUGUUACGAAAUGGAAACCUUCCACGGGUUACUUUAACAUUUGGGAACAAACGUAAACGCAGUCAAGACCCCAAAUCGACGUGGAAACUUGCCUCCGGUGCUCCAGUUAUACCCCGAGUGAUCUACGACCGGGUAGUCAAAUUCGUUUGCCGGUUUGACGUUGCUGAAGUCGAUGAAUUUGUGGCAAGUGCUUGUAAAUACUGGACUCUGAAACGUGAAUCCCGGCGCGGCGCAAGCCUUGUGAGGAGCCUUCAAGCUUCAAUCAACAGCUUUACAUCUGCGGAGGUAGUCAAAAAAAAGUAUUCUAGUGCAGGGUUCAAGCAAGGCACAAUAGAUCUCGAGAAACGUAAAGAAUUUGCUCAGGGUCGUGUUUCUGAGCUGGAGCGUUUGAGGGAAAUAUUUGAGCAAAAGCAAGAGAAGGAGAACAGGGGCACUGAAACGGUGGAUUUCAUGGAGGCGUAUACGGACUUGAACUACUUUCCUGAGAUUCCACUCAUCAGGGAUGUCUUUGAAAUUGCUAGGAGCCUCGAUCCGAAUCACGUUUUCAUCAAUGGAUUUUCACUGAUUGAAGAGCGAAUAGAAAAUCGCUUGUAUCCUAAUGUGGGUGCAUUUGCGUGCGAUCUCUUGUCUGUUCUUAAAUCACCGCCUUCGCAACCGAUCCUGGAAUACAAGGUUGUUUACCGGUAUCAAUUGGGAUCAGGGUUGAUGCACUCAUCACCAAAAGACGAUUUACAGGGUACAACAGUCGCAUCGCUGAUUUUACCACACGUCCUCCCACUUCUAGAAGAUGUGAGAAGGUCCGAACUAGAGAUACGAACUCGUCCCCCCUCUAUAGAGAUAACUGGGGGCAAUGUUGCCGAUAUGAAGCCCAUUGAUACUUACGGUGGCAUGAACGGGGAAAUUCUCCCGUCAAUGGAAGACAACAAUGCACUGGUCCCACAAAUACAGCUACAAGAUUCCUCUGUUGUCUUACCACCUUUGAAUAUCGAUCCGGAACUCGGAGUUCAUUGGGACAAUGGAAGGCCGCCAUGGUAUCUUAAAGACCUUGCUCCGGUUGGGCUUCGUGUAGAGGCAGAAGUAUGGAGCCCGCCGAGUGAAGAUUAUGAUGACGAAUGUGAACUCAACGGGAAUUCGGCCAGGGUAUAUUCUUCAGUGCCCCCGCUUGAAUCUCAUUUGUCUCUUUCGAUGUCUGGAUGGGGUCAAAGAAACGCUCAGGCGAUCAGUGGGGCACCACGGGAAAGCAAUGCCCAUUUACAGGUGCCAAUACCAGAUAGGAGAAUGGAACCGAUUCCUAAGCCAGAGCGAAAUUCCGGCGAAAACGACUCUCUGAUGGAAGGAUUUCGGGCUAUGGACCUUCCCUCACCCCUCCGUGCAAUUGAUGAAAAUGCUGCCCCAAAUAGAGACCAUACACUUCCAAGCAUUGGUGGCAGAAUGGGCAUCCCGGAGCCGCCGCAAAAUCAUUUGGCAGCUGUUCUAACUGAGGCCCCUACCCAAAAUGGCACCCUAGCCGGCUUAGCUGGCCGUCCCGAAUUCCCACCCAUGGAAAUUGAUUCAUCUAGACUCGGCGAAUCUAGUGGUGCUCAAUCGGUGGUUGGUGUGAACGGUGUGGCGGAGCCCUCGCCAGCGACUUCGGUGACUACGACUGGGCGGAAGAGCAGGAAAGGCAUGAUUUUUCCUCGACAGAGCAAUGGUCGGUUCGGGACCACAAAGGGAGCUGCUGGCGCCAGCGGUGCCAAAAAGGCCCGCAAGAAGAAAUGGUAGACGAUGCCCCUGUAAUAUGAUGCAGUUGGGGUAUGGUAUUUCAAAUAUCUGUAUUAUUAGAUGACUUGCGUCUUCUAAUUUGACGAGGUCUGGUUGUUCGUUUGACACCUCUUUUUCCUUCCUUCCUUCCCCCCAUCCUUCAAUUACUUCUUCCUUCAUUUCGUUUUGUGGCCUUUUAACUGCUGCUGUAUCCUUCUUCCAAUCAACUCUAUUUACUGUUUCAAUUUUUUCUCCCCUUUUUCCUUUCUUUUCUUUCAUCAUCAUGGGAAUUCUGGGAUUGAUGGCUUGUUACCGGGGUUCAGGAUCGGAUCGGAUAGUACUAGCUUUUUUUCUUUAUUUUUCGUUUCCUUCUUUAACUUGCCUUCCUUCUUUGCAUGUUUCGGAGGUGAUAUAGUGCACCGUAGUAUAGUUUUAAAGUUGAAGGUAAGUUACAGUUCAAAAGGGUGUUUGUAAAUGGUGUCCCCUUGCAUUAUAGCCGGAUACCGUGGAUUCUUUUUGUUUGGGUUAAGGCCUACACUUGAGUGAUGGUAUGAAUCUCUAGACUUCAGACUAUCUGUUUUUGUGUUGGUGCAGGCUUAGGAUAUUGAA